AUGUCGAAACCGACCCCGACACGCUCUACAACCGCAUCCUACCCCACUUUCCUCGACCUCCCACCCAAUUGCAACUCUACCUCCACCUCCACCUCCACCUCCCCCUUCAAAGCGCUCCCUCAUCACCCCUCCAUCUCCCUGCUCCCCUUCUCCAUCACCUACGCCGGACCAACCGACGUCUCCUCCCAAUUCCCGCUCCAUCCUUCAACGCCUACGAAACGUUCGGAUGGGACGUUGGAACUCCAUUCCGAAGCGGCUUUUAGGGGAAGGUUAUUGAUUUCGUCGCGAGUGGAGUUACCCCAGGGUUAUCGGGGGUGGGUCGUGGAGAGUAGGAAACCGGCGCCCGCUACGAUUGCUACGAUCUCCACGGAGUCGGGGAAAGGUGUGGAGGAAAGGGUCGUGAAGAAGGCUAAGAUUGAGGGUGGUCGGAUGGGGGGUUCGUUCAGAGGUCGAGGGGGAAAGGUUUUUCAGAAGGGGACGAGGACGAGUCCGAGGAAGAAGAAGGUCGUGGUCAAAUAUUCGUUGGAUUCGGAUGAGGAAUUGGAGGGGAAUGAGGUAGGGGAGGACGAGAUGAUGAAGAAUAGGGAGGAGGUCGAGGAGGUCGAGGAGGCGAGAACGGAGGAGGAGGAAGAAGAACGGACGAUGGUCGAUACGCCCCACGAGUCGAUCGAGUCCUCCUCAACCUCGACAACUACGACUACGAUCCCUUCCACUCUCGUCUCCCUCUCCACCUCCUUCUCCUCCCUCCCCGACACCCCAAAAGAACCCGAACCCGAACCCGAGAUCGAGAACUUUGCCGAGGCCCCCUUAGCAAGGGACGAGAUCCACCUCCUCCCCAUCGCGUCCUUUGCCUCGAUCGAUCUGUGGAAUCCGGAUAGUGCGGCGGAUCUGGCGACGGAUGUGUAUGCAAGGUCGUUGGGCGAGUGGACGGGGAUCGCAGCGAAGGUACGUUACAAAGGUUUUCCCGGGGGAAGCAAAGAGGCUCCUCGUGGGGAGGGUGACCUCUGGGACAAGGUUAACGAGGACGUGGCGUGCUGA